UCGGCAGCUGGCCGCAUGACCCUCGACUUCCACACCAACAAGAAGGUGCUGGAGGAGGUCUCGAUCCUGCCCUCGAAGCGCCUCCGUAACAAGGUGGCCGGCUUCACCACCCACCUGAUGCGCCGCAUCCAGCGCGGCCCCGUCCGCGGCAUCUCGCUCAAGCUCCAGGAGGAGGAGCGCGAGCGCCGCAUGGACUUCGUCCCGGAGAAGUCGGCGCUCGAGGUGGAGGAGAUCCGCGUCGACGAGGAGACCAUGGAGAUGCUCGCGGCCCUCGGCAUGUCUGACCUCCCGGCUCGUCAGAUUGAAUGCUUUGUUACCUGCGCUUGGUACUGUAUUGAAGUUUAGUGCUUGUACAUAUAUUUCGUUAAUUAGUCUUCGAUAUAAGAAAUGGAUGUUUAUCAUCCAGAUUUCAACCUAUGCAGUCCAAUCUUAGCUCUUAGGAUACACUAUAGUCAGCGAUUGGUCACGCCGUCGUAUUAUUACAUUUUUUGCCCAUUGCAACUUCAACCGCUAGAGUCUGAUAAAUGAGAAAACGAUCAAAGCAACCACA